AUGGCCUGGAUGAAUAAUGUGACUGAGUUAAUUAUCAUGGGUCUUUUCCAGGACCCAGAGGUGCAGAGAGUGUGCUUUGUGGUGUUUCUCCCUGUGUACCUGGCCACAGUGCUGGGCAACGGUCUCAUUGUUCUGACAGUCAGCGUCAGUGAGAGUCUGAGCUCCCCCAUGUACUUCUUCCUCAGCCACCUGUCCCUGAUGGAGAUCACCUACUCCUCUACUGUCAUCCCUAAAUUCAUCACAGACUUACUUGCCAAGACUAAAACCAUCUUCCUGGAGGGCUGUGUGGCUCAGAUAUUCUUCUUCCACUUUUUUGGGGUUACUGAGAUCUUCCUGCUCAUGGUAAUGGCCUACGACCACUAUGUGGCCAUCUGCAAACCCCUUUACUACACAACCAUCAUGAGUCGGCCUGUGUGUCACCGUCUGGUUGCUGGUUCCUGGCUUGGGGGCUUUUUUCACUCUAUGGUCCAGAUCAUUGCCACUCUCCAAUUGUUUUUCUGUGGUCCCAAUGUGAUAGAUCACUACUUCUGUGACCUCCACCCCUUAUUCAAGCUUUCCUGCACUAACACCUCUGUGGAGGGGGUUAUGGUGUUUGCCAACAGUGGAUUAUUUUCUAUCUCUUCUUUCCUCCAAUUGGUGUCCUCCUAUAUCAUCAUCCUGGUCAGCUUGAGGAAGCAUUCUGCAGAGGGGAGGCGCAAAGCUCUCUCCAUCUGUGCCUCUCACAUCACGGUGUUCCUCUUGUUCUUCGGACCUGCCAUCUUCCUCUACAUGCGGCCACUCUCCACCUUCACUGAGGGCAAGCUGGUGGCUGUGUUCUACACGGUUGUCACCCUCAUGCUGAACCCCAUCAUUUACACACUCAGAAAUGCAGAGGUGAAAAAUUUCAUGAGGAAGCUGUGGGGCAAGAAAGUGAAUUCCAGGAUGGAAUAA